AUGAAUUCUGCAUCCCAGCACGCUCGCCUCUUCGCUCUUCGCUCUGCUUCGCAUCCUGCUGUGUUUCUUCCCCAAGCGGCUGCGCCGAGACGCUCCACAUCGGUCGCAGCCCCCCAGGCCACUGCCCUGCGGCGACCUUCUCGCCAGAAUGGCGUUUUUCUCAAUGGCGCGGUCGAUUGUGGCGACAAGCGCCCAACUGGUGCCUUGCGAUCUUUCUCCAGUCCUGGAAGUUUUUCCGCGCCGGCGCUUGCCGCCUCUCCACCGUGUCUCCACUCGCGUGAGCGGUUCAUCAGGAGCCCCCGCCUCGCCGGCGGCGCGCCUCGCACGGCGGUGACGGCCUUCGGAGCCUCGCCCAGCGCUGGAGCCUUGGGACACCCUCUCUCGCGGGAUUCGGACGACAGCGAAGCGUUCCCUGAAGCCGGGAAAGACAACCACGAGGAGGCAGGCGACGAAGGAUCACCUCGCAGCGCCGAGGAGGAGCUGAUGAGGGAGGCGGCGCGAAGGCCCGCGCGGCGGGCAGGGGACAGAGGCUGGUGGUACGGGGCCUUGCAGCAAGCAUUUCAGCGGGAAAUACGCGAGUGGUUCGUUCAGAAAAAACAGGGGACGCUUUUUCACGUCUGGGACCCCCCCGGUGUCGUUUUUGCCUCCACCAAACUAGUAAAGUCCGGAGUGACCCCGCCUCCCCUUCCGCAUUGGUACUUCCCAGCCGCAGUAGAUGAGCGUCAGCUGAGGCUGUCGCCUUCGCUUCACAGUCUCUUUGGUCUCAACCGAAACGCGUCGAAAGGAGACGGCGACUCUCACGCGUCGCGCGCAGAUGCGGGGCUGGACGACGAGGCGCAGGCGGAGAGUGCGACGCGCGAGAAAACGUUCCCGACAUGCAGCCUCUUUUUUCUCUCCUCAAGUAAAUCUUCCGCUGGAUUCCUCAUGCAGCAAGUCGUGCUCCACCCCGAAACGCUCUAUGUUGCGGUGGCUCCCGACUACGACGCCCUCUUUACGCUCUUGCGCCUCGCCGCUCGCGCCUUCUGUAUGGAUCCCUACGGGUUCCAGCAGUUUCCCAAUCUUCGCGUGGUGUGCACGCAUCCGCUCCACGUUCCCUCUUUCUUCCCUAACAAUCUUGUCAAUGAAGUCUACAUCCACCUGAGCGACCUGCCCAGAUCUGUUGCAGCGGCUUCCACUUCGCGUUGCCCGCUCCUUUCUCCGUCGUUCCUUCCGCGGCUCUAUCCCCGACUGCAGGCCGGCGCUGCAGUCUUCGUCGGCCUCGAGACUCCUCCUGCUGCCCCGGGCUCGCCAGCAGGCGACAGCCAAGGCGGCCCGUGCGUGCCCAAUGACAGAGCCAUGACUAGCGUCAGCGGCGAGGCUCACAGAGAGCCGGCGGUGCCUGAGGGCGUCGGCCGCGCGUCCACCCAAGCGCAGGGGGCGGGUCAGCCUUUACAGCAACUGUGGGAAGGCCAGGAGACCAGACGUGGAGAGCGCUCGUUGGCGCAGGGCGCAGCCACGGCAGACCGCGACUACGCUGCACCUAUGCGCUCUCAAGAGAUGCAUUUGCUUCGCGUGCUGCGAUCGUGCGAGUGUGUGGCAGGCGUCGAAAAUGCAGAGUGGCUGCCGGGGAGGUUGGCGGACAGGGCCCGCAGCGCCGGCGCCCGUGGGAUUACUCUUGGUGGCGCGAGAGCUGAUGCGCAUUUGAGAGGGCACAGGCGUUCAAGAUACGGUGGACGCACACCCAGUAAACAGGAAUUCUUGUUUGCUCUGGAGGGCUGUGAGUGGCCAGAGGGUGCAGAGGAAAGGGCGAACCUCGCCGUUCAUUCGCCCUUGUCGGCGAGCGAGCUCGAGUCUCCGUCGUGUGGCGAGUUACAGCCGCUCGCUGACGGGCUCGGUCCCGACGACACCACCCAGCGUGACGAGCUGCUGAGCGCGACCCCGCAUUCGAGCGGGGAGAUGGAGGGAGGCAUUCCCCAGGGCUUCCCUUGUGAAGGCUGCGAAGCGGAGGCUGGCGCACUCUCCAGGUUUCCCGGAUACCAAAGCAAGGAACCCACCUCAGUAGACGAGAGCGAUGGAUGGCUAGGGCUGGGUUCCUUUCAACCCAUACGGUGGGGGCGGCCUCUGCUGGGUGUGUUGAGAAAUGUGGAGAGAUCAGGGGUCGCACGCUCUCCGAGGCACGGAAAUCCCCAAUCGGCAGAGAACGAGGAUGACUGCUCUGUGCGGAGCGGCGACGAGGACUCUCCUUUGCACAGCAGAAAUCCAACCUCGGCACCAGCGAGUGGGGACGGCCACCGGUGCAAGCCGAUGACGCAUGAGCAGGCCAGCUGCCACCUCCACAGUCCAGGGCAAGGGAACGCGCAGCGAAAGACUGGUCCGAAAGCAGGAGCGACACUUUUGAGGUUGGCAACGGGUGGACGUAUUCUCAUCAGGGAAAAAUCGUGCGACGACGAGCACGAUUCUUACAAAAACCCCUCACAGAGUGCCUCCCAGAAAGAGCAACCGACCGCUGGGGGCACGCUUUUCUUUUUGAAGGCAGAGGAGGCGCGUGGUCUCGACACCACAGGAAAAGGCCCGGAGCGGAUUUCACGCGAGCCGGUGGCAGGGACGACGUUCUCGUACAUCAAACUUAGGAAACAGGCUCCGUCGCUUCCAAAUUUUCGCUUCCUGGAACACUGCAUGUUGCUGCGUCGCACGCACACGACGUUUUAUACCUAUACCUGA